AUGUACGUCUUGCCAAAGCACUCCCCGCUUAGCCCCCCUCCAUUCCCUCAAAGCCGUAAGCUCAGCUCCCACAAACCCAUCCGAACUGCCAAAGAAAGCCCAGAGAAAACACAGACCAAAAACGUGAAGUAUCACAAGAAUACAAACACAUGCAUCACCUCAUCAUCACCAGGCACGAGCGUCCUCCUCGCCCUCCUCCUCGCCACAUCCCCCUACACCCUCCCAAACGCACUCAAACUCCUCGCCUCAUCCCGCCCAUGGCCCAACCUCCUCGCCUGGCUUCCCCACUUCCGAGCCCAGAAAAACAAGUCACAGUAUGACACGUACGCCACUCGCGAGGACGAAGAUCGUUACUGGCGCUCCGCCGCCCGCUCCCGUCGUCGCCUUGCCGCCUCCGACGCGCACUUGGGUGGCAACACCCCGACGGUGAAGAGGGGAGAGGGAGGGAACGACGCAUCGACAUUGACGUCGACGCCCGUACCCCUCGUCGCAUACUACACCCCCCGCCUCCUCCCGUCCUACCGCGACACCGAGGGCGAAACCGACCUAGAGGCCGAACCCUUCCACAUCCCCGCGCGCACGUUCUGCAAAUGGCACCGCAUGGUGUUCCCCGGUCCCCAUCACCCCACUCUGAGCGAAGCCCCAGAGCUAAUGAAGAGAUUCAGCCAUCGCGAUCUCCAAGAGAUCCAACGCAUCUCCCACCUCCAAGCCGAUUCUGACGUGUUCCAACGCCGCCUCCCUUGGACGCCUCGUUACCGAACCGUCUGGAACAACUGGCUCGACUCCAAAGGGCCCGACAUCGCCAUCGUAUUCGAAUAA